GUCAAUACAGGUUAAAGGUGUAGGCAACAGGUGUGAACAGUUUACACAGACCAGAGAGCUCUCGCUCUGACACCUGCCAAGUUUCACAGAUUUCUCCUGAUCUUCUGAACAUUUGGGAAUUAAAUAAGGUCUAGCAAUGGCCAACUUUGGAGGACAUGCCAUUCCUGGCUCCUUUUUCCUGUUCUAUGGCUUUUGGCUAACAGUGAAACACAUUCUGCAACACUACUGGAGGACAAAUCAGCCCAAAGGACGACAUAAUAUGCCACCUGUAUUUACCAAAAUGGAGUACGCCGAGGGAGGAAUCCAAAUCUUUGCUUCAUUUGUGGGUAUUAUGGUUGAACAGUUUGUGGUGGAUGGGCCCCACGCCCACCUCUAUGACAAUGAGAACAACUCGUGGGUCAAGCUGAUGAACUGGCAGCACAGUACAAUGUACCUGUUCUUUGGGAUCUGUGGAAUAGCACUGGUUGCCAGCACUGCAUCCAAACUGGUGCCACUUGGUGUUGACCGCCUUGCCCUCUCCUUGGCUCUUUUUGUUGAAGGGUUUCUGUUCUAUUACCAUGUGCACAGUCGGCCCCCUCUGGAUGCUCACAUCCACACCCUGCUGCUGGUGGCUGUGUUUGGUGGAUCAGCCAGUACUAUGUUGGAGGUGUUUAUAAGAGACAACAUUAUUCUGGAGCUGCUCAGGGCGUGUCUGUUCAUCCUGCAGGGCUCAUGGUUCUACCAGAUUGGAUUUGUACUAUACCCUUUGAGCGGACCAGAGUGGGACUUGAAACUGCACGACAACAUCAUGUUUGUCACAAUGUGCUUCUGCUGGCAUUUAGCUGUCGCCCUGCUUUUAGUCGCCUGCACCUCUUCGGCGGUUUGGUUCACAGCAAAGCGAUUCUCAGGAAGGGGACGGGACAUCGAGAUUGGAAUGCGAAACACAUCCUCCAAAACAAGCAGCCAGAAAGCUUUGCUUGAAGAAUCAGAUGAAGAGUGAAUGCUUUCUUACCGUUCUUCAAUUUCAUUUCAUUUUUUAUGUUGAUGGUCCAUGUGUAAGACCAUGUCUGCUCUUUGCACACUGUACUUAAAGUUGUUUUUGUAAAAAAAAAAAAAGAAGAAGAAGAGGAAAGAAAGAAAUUAAACUCAAAUCUAUUUAAAUACAAUCU